GAUCUAGUACAUCAGUGCUAGUGGUGGUGGUGGUGGGAGGUCUCCAGAGGGUGUGACGCUAGAAUCAUGGAAGUUCAAAGUGGUCGUACACAACUCCGCGACGUGUUGGAAGACUUAGUAUUGCAAAGGAAAGACAAUAAACAGGAUGAUCACUUGGAUGUCGAUGAAGAUGUAGAAGAAGCUGCCAGAGACCUAUUAGAAUAUUCUUCGCCACGAAAGAGAGCCUACAAGCAAAGAAGGAAAAGAAAAAGAGCUCAAAGAGAUAGCCUAUCGGAUACAGCAUUUAGUGAUGAUGAAAAGGAGACAAGCUCUAGUGAAGUUAUUUCCAUAUAUGGUCGCCAUUUAAAUUUAUCCCGUUUGGGUAAGAAGCCGUCGUUAUAUUCUGUGUGCCGGGAUUGGGUGCAGAAUGAUCCUUUAGGACAAGUUAUGGGUGGAACUGCAAAGCAACUUCCUGCACCUAUCAGCAGGACUACUGAGAACAGAGAUCACUUUUUGAAUAAGAAAUUUAAAUCGUAUCAAGUCUCUAAGCCAGUUAUUGAUAUAUCUGUCAUGGACGAGAAUUUGAAUACUGGACUUGUUAAUGAGGAAAUGCCAUCGCUUAAAACAAGUUAUCUGCAAAAAUGGAAGCAAUCAUGCAAAAGAUCCAAACGAGAUUCGAAAAAUUUACAGCAAAAACAUGAUAAAAAGACAUAAUUGCAUGUGCAAUAAUAGCAUAUGUGAAGCAAAAACAGCAUUAAUUUUGUUUUAAUUAUAAUUUAUUGUUUCAUUGGAUAUAUGUAAGCGGUUGAUUCUUGGGCUAAACCAA